AUGACCCAUACAAUCGAACGCUGCCGACUCCCCCUUAUCAAAUUCUCCCCACGGCCUCCCUUAUCCGAUAUCUCAAUCCGUGUCGAAUCAGCCUCAUUUCCUCUGCACUUUCUACUCCGUCGCAACAACGCAACGAGGACACAGGAGGAUUUGAAUGGGUUAGUUGGAGACGUUGAGUACAGGUUUGGGAAGUGGAAAGACUCAACAAGGUUACUACUUUUGGAUGAGAAACAUGCCUAUAAGGCGUUCGAUGAAAUGCCUGAUCCGAUUAAGGUAUUAAUUCCAGUUAAAGAUGAUAUUGAAGUUGGUCCACCAACGGGUUUCAUCAAUAAUGUGUCUGAUUGUGAGACUGAUUAUGAUGAAGAGGAUUUUCGACAUAGUUUGAUUUUGGAGCGAUUACAAAUGAUCCUGUGGCUCCAGUUGGACGUCAUUGAACAAUCGGAUAUGUACGCGCGUUUGAAUGCUGCUAUUGACCACUUCUUAACAGAAAAGCAUAAAAAACGAUCUGUUGGAAACAAAGAAUGCGGGAAGAAGCAAGUAGUUAAGAAUCGUGGAGGGACGUGCAUCUACGGUGGUGUUUGUUUUAAGAACAAUUUGAAUAGACUUGAAGCAUUUCAUCGUGGGCAUGUGAAUAAAAAAGAGAAAUUUAUCGAUCUUUUAGUUGAAGACCAAUAUAAUGCCUUAGUUGCCAAGGUUGCUCUACAGACUCAUCACAUAGCCGACUCUGGUGGUGAUCCAGACACCAUUGAUUGGAUCACAAUAUUUGAGAAUGUGUUGGGUGCUCAAAGGGGGCAUGAUGUUGAUGUGAAUGCUUUUCUUCAAAACCCGAAGUUUAUGAUGGCCAUUGGAAACAAUAGCCGCCCGUUUAAAAACCAAGUCAACAAAGAUGGGGAAGACGAAGACACAUAG